AUGAUGAACCUCGAUGAAGAAGUCCGACUAUGGACCACGAAUGCUGAGCGGGAGAAGACCGAGAACCUAGCUACGCUGUAUAGCAUCAUAGUCAGUUUGGAGUAUCUAGAAAGAGCUUAUGUGAGGGACUCGGUCAAUGGGAAAGAGUACGCACCGGCAUGUAUCAAGCUGUUGGCUCAGUACAAGUCUUUAAUGAAGCUUGUAGGGGAUGAGAUAGGAGGGGUGGAAAUGUUUAUGAAGCGGUUCAAGAUGGAUCAUCCCGCAGCAUUACAUCGUCUGACGGUUGGCGUACCAGCUACAGUCGAACAUUCAGCUGAAGCUACGGAUGGAGGGGCAGAAGCUGGUAAAUGGGUGGCUGAGACUACUCAGUCAUUUAUAACAUUCAUGGACGCUCUCAAACUCAACCUCAAAGCGAAAGAUCAGCUUCACCCUUUCCUUACAGAUCUCAUGAGUGGAUAUUCGAGGUUUAAGGGGAGUGGUGAAUGGGAAGGUAGAGCUAAGAUCUUGCAUUGGCUUAUAACGCUCAAUGCGAUGAAAGCGAGUGAUGAGAUAACGGAAGAACAAUCUAGGCAGAUGUUAUUCGAUAUCGAGAACGCGUAUAAUGAAUUCUUCAGGUCAUUAAGUAGUAGUAACAAGUCUGCUUAG